AUGGCAGCUGCGGGCAAUUCGAUGCCUAAAGUUAAAAGUCCCAGUAUCGGCAUGAUAGAUAGUAAUGCUACUACAGAUGACUUCAGGUUCGAAUGCAUGGACUGGAAGGACGAAGGGCCACGUCACGUCCGCAACAUCACCCUGGAUGCCAACGAGCCCCUCACUUACGUCAUAUCGCAGAUCAAAGGAAACGUAGCUCAAAUCAUCUACACCGGAAACGAAGCUACUACGGUCCAAAAGUUGGAAGUCUGUCCUGAAGAAGAUAACAAUGUGUGUAAAAUUGAAAUCAGAAUACGGGAUCUGUUCAACGCAGAGGCUAUUGAGUAUCUUUCUAUUCUCUUUUUGUGA